UUUGCAUACUUUGGUUGCGUUUUUUUCACUCCGCUCCCGGUUGCCAGUUGCACAGUUGCACGGCUGCAGUUCGCCCCACUCGCCAUUUCACAAUCAGCCGGGCAGCAAACUGCCACUCGUCGCGUAAUUUGCCCGCCAUUUUGCACCUUUGCGCGUUUCCGGUGGGCAACCUCGCUUCCGGUGACCGUUUUCGCGCCCAUUUUUCGCCCAGUCAUUGUCCUGCCGCCAAAAAAGAAAAAAAAUAGCAAACGCAGGCUGCGGCCGGAGACCACGGAUCUGAUGCCGUAAAUCAAACGAGCGGCAAUUGUGCGUGUGUGAUCGGUCAGGUGCUACACCGAGAGAAAGUUUAAUAAAAUUCCAUAGUUCUAUCAUUUGUCCUGCGGUCGAGUCCCCAACAAGUGGGCGGCAUUGGGAUUAUGUCUCUGCGGGCACGGGGCAGUCGGCCAAUUCCGGGCAAAUGAAGUGCCGCAUUAUUUGAUUAUAUAGCGAGCGACUCCUGAACCGCUUAAGUCGCGAGUGAGCGUGAGUGCGAGUGCUUGCAUGUCUUGAGAGUUCCGUUCCGAACAGGACAUUACGGGGCUCACCUAUUGAUUACGGCUCACAAUAGUACUAUGAAGGCAACCUCCAGCAGCAGCUGCAGCAGUGCCGCCAGCAGCUGCAAUCAACCGGAGCCGCUGGCGACUGCCGCUUCCAUAUUGGCAUCCAGUGGUGCUAGUGGUGCUAACAGUGGUGCCAGUGGGGCCAGCACCUCGACGAAGCCGCACCGCCUGACCAAGGUGUCCUUCGCACCGCUGGACCUGCCAUUUCCCAGUGGGGCCACGUGAUACGCGAAUGCGAAUGCGAGUGCCAGCACCACCAUGCCCCACCACAACAUCGUCUGCGAGUGGCUCCGCACCAUCGGACUGGCGCACUACGGCGAGAGUUUCCUGGAGAAUGGCUACGACGAGCUGGAGAUCUGCAAGCAGAUCGGCGAGAUCGAUCUGGACGCCAUCGGCGUGGACAACCCCUCGCACCGGGGCAAGCUCCUCAAGAGUGUGCGCAUGCUGCGCGAAAAGGGCGCCGCCAUCGUCUACGUUCUUAUCAACGACCCCAAGGCCUUGAGCAGCAGCAACGAGAUCCUGGCCUCCGACUGUGAUACGCCGGUGACCAUGAAGGAGCUGGAGGCGGUCAUGAAGCGCCACCUCGAGGCGGACGGCAUCCGGCUUACCGCCCACCCGUACUCCACGCCGGAGGGCAAGCGAGGCUACCUGGAGGGAUUGGCCGCCCACUACAGCAAGCAGAUCAACAUGCCGUACGAGGACGUGCUGGACGCCAUCGAGCAGGUGCGCCUGUCCAAGUGGAAGGAGCGCCACGUGCGCAUCUCCACGGGCCACACCCUGUCCCGCCGGAUGGCCGGGCCCAGCUGCAGCGGAACGGGCCUGGUCAGCUCCUCGGUGAUGCCCACUAGCCACAGCCAGCCGCUGUAUGUGCCCGGCAAGUACUUGCCCUCCAGCUGCCUGUCAAAUCGCGAGGAGAACGAGAUCUACAGCUACACGCAGAACGAUUUGGCCAAUCGCAUGGCCCGCAAUGCCAUCGACUCCAAGUCGGCUCUGAAUCUGAACGGUAUGCAGCAAAGCUAUCCUGGAGCGAGGAACAAUUUCUUUUACGACUUUUCGGCAACAGAGGGUCGGAAUAAGCACAAGCAGCGGAGAACGGUUUUCGCCAGGUUUUUGCAGGGCCUCCGGCAGAGUGGAGAUGAGCUGAACGCCACGGAAGGAAUGCAGUUGAAGACAAACGAGCGCCUGAGAAAUUGCAGCACAAUGAAGCGACCAGAACCACAUCAGGACUUUGAAAAGACCAUACAGAGACUUAAGACACAAAAGGCGGCCCAAAAGAAACCAGCCAGUGCCCCCUUGGAAAUGGCCUUGCACGAAAGGAACAAGGAGGUGGCCCACACCCUUGUGAACGAGAUGCCGCUCAAUAACUACACGAAGCAUCCCUAGGAGUCGGUCCUAGGCAGCGCAGCUGCUUAGAUCCUUCUUCCAGGAUAACCAGCAAACACAAAGAAAACACUCUCACUUACAUAAAUUGUUGAAUCAAUCAUUAUUCUCAAUCAGGUGAUACACAAUCUUAAGAACGACAGGAUCAUAAUCUAAAGGAUGAGGCUAAUAAAUAGGAAAGGAAAUAUAGCAGGCCAACGAAGCAAUAGCAGUGCACUCAUAACUAACAAAUAGGAAGACAAAUAGCCAUAGGAAUAAUAUCUACAAGCGUUGAGUUUAACUUACCUAUAGGACUAAUUGACAGAACCGACCUGAUCAGCACCCAAACCCACUGUAUAGACACCUGACCUGACCAUUAAUGAACAGUAAGCCUAGUUUAAGCAGCACUUCACCUCCCCUUUGACCCGCUACUACUAAUAUAUACUACACAGAGAAAAAUACUAUACUACCAAACAAAAAGAAGUUACUCCGAACAUUAUAUCGCUUGCCAAAAUGGUCAAAAAUUUAAAUUUGAAUCUUGUUUUUCGGUCAGUAAAAAAUUUUUACAAAGAGUCCAUAAGUAAAAACCUUUUAUUCAGGGUAAAAUAUAAAU